CAAAGGUAUCCAUGUCCACCCAGAAGGAAGUGUCCUAGUGUUAAUAGGGUUUACUCCAAGGGCUCGCUUUUGACAACCGGUAGGACUGCUGCUGUUUCCAGUGGACAACCUUCCAAUCCAGGCAGGUCUGGUGAAGCUGUGAUGGCUUCACCCAAAACCUUUUGGAGAGUUCUUUGCCUGCUUCGAGUUGGCUGGUGUCUUCUUCCUCAGACUGGCUACCUGCACCCAGAUGAGUUUUUCCAGUCUCCAGAGGUCAUGGCAGGCAGCAUAUUGGACUUAAAGGUUUAUCACCCCUGGGAAUUCCUCCCCAAGUCUCCUUGCAGGACAGUCGUGUUUCCCUUGAUCACAUCUGGAGUUGCUUUCUGGGCCAUCAAAGCCCUUCAGCACCUGGGCCUCUCGACCAGCUGCAUCAGCAGCUACACCCUCCUGGUCUCACCCCGCCUCCUCCUCACCAUCUUUUCAUUCAUCCUUGACUACAGUGUUUACCAGCUGGCUCCUCUGUGGGGAGCGGAUCCGUGGAACUCACUGGCUCUGCUUGCUGGCUCCUACGUCACACUUGUGUUUUACACGAGGACUUUUGCUAACACUGUUGAAGGACUUCUUUUUGCCUUGCUGCUUCUCCUGGUGUCUUCAAAAGCAGCCAGCAAAACCUCGGCCUCAGCCUGUCGGUGGCAGAAUCCUCUCAAUCACAGACUCAUUGGGAUUAUCCUAGUUGCUGGCUUUUUUAACAGGCCGACGUUUCUGGCAUUUGCUCUGGUGCCGCUGUUGCACUGGGUCUGUGCAGGUGCUACAUGCCAGCAAAGCGUUAGAAGAACAAUACACCAUGUUCUCUGUCUUGCCCCAAGUGCUGCCUUCACUGCUGUUUUCUUCAUAGCUGCUGACACAUGGUAUUUCACUUCUUCCCUGUCAGGACUUAGCCUGCAUAGCUUUUAUGAGGCCAGCCCACUGAGCAUCCUCACCAGGCUACGCCAGAGUGUCGUCGUGACCCCCUUGAACUUCCUCACCUAUAACCUCAACCCUGAUAACCUUGCACAACACGGGACUCACCCGCAUCUUACACAUUUUGCAGUUAACGGGGUCCUGCUUUUUGGGAUCCUUCAUGUAGAAGCUGUUAGCAAUGGCAUCAAACUCCUGAAAGUGCACCUCAGCCAGUUUAUGUGGUUGAAGGCCUUGAAGAGGAGCUCACACUCAGCUAUCACAUGCCCAGAAGGCAGACUGGCACUGCUGGCUUUCUAUUUUAUCCCCCUGGCACUUCUUUCUUUAUUCAGCCACCAAGAACCUCGCUUCCUCAUCCCUCUCAUCUUGCCUCUGGUCCUCUUGGUCACGCAGCACAGACAGGCCCAGCAGUGGAAAUCCAUCAACCUUGUGUUCAAUCUCUGUGGUGCCCUUUUCUUUGGCUGCUUCCACCAGGGAGGCAUAGUCCCUUGCCUCUUCCACUUGGAGCAGCUCACCCAUUCCCCAGACUCCCUGAGCCAUCGCACACACUUUACCCUACUCUUUGCUCGGACCUACAUGCCUCCCAGGUUUCUGCUUAAUGUUAACAAGAGCAACACACUGGUGGAGCUUGUCGACGUGGCUGGGGCAGAGAAAAGCUUCCUUUGCCAGAUCCUGGGAUCCAUAGUGAAUGGUCCUGCCUGUGUCAAUAGAGAACUGGGCAAGGAAAUAACUUGCCAGGUGCUGGUUAUCAUCCCAGGCACCGUCAGAACCAUAAUAGAGCAAUGUCAGUUACUGGUCAAGAAGGAGACAGUAAUAUUUCCACAUCUGACGAUGGAAGACCCACCCCAAAUGUCCUUUCUCCUUAGUGAAAAGUGGAGAAGCCAGUUAGGACUGUAUAUCCUGUAUCUGGAGAGAAAUAAAAAGAGCAUCUAGCAUCAAGGUGAGCUAAGCAAAGAAGCUAAAGAACAUUUGGCGCACAAACAUGCAGUCCACAACAACCCUAGUUAUUCUCAGCCCUAUAUAUACCAGGUGCAUUUUGUAGCUCCCAGUUGCUGGUAGAAAUCUCACAAUACCCCUUGCCCACCGAACACUGUGUCACAGUCCUGUGUCACCCCAAGCAACCCAUUUCCUUUUCUUCAACUGCCAAGUGCCCCAAAUGCCAUCCAUCCCAGUUCCCACUUCUCAGUUUCCAGCAUCUUCUGUUCUAUUCCAGCCAAAAAUAUAGCCACCUUGUCUCAUAGCUGUGUCCUGGGGCCUCCAUCUGCCUCUGCCUUCUAGGCACCCCAGUACGCCACUGACCCCAGGCACUUUGGCUAUAUGUGUGACUUUUCUCUGAAAUGCUAGCAGGUCCAUGUACAGGGCCGGCUAGAAAGGCACAUCUGUGGAGCUUCAAUGCAUGGAUGAGACAUGGGUGUGGAGAGGAAAG